GCAUGUCUAUUCCAGCUGGUAACGGCGCAACCGGUGCCUCCGGCACUGGUCCCGCCUUGGGAAAAGGGAAUGGAUCUCUCUUCUCUCUUGGAAAAGCAAAGGAGUGGUGCCCAAUUUUCGCUGGAUGAAGGCAACAGCAGCUGGGAAUAUGAGGUGGUGAUUGGGAAUGAACACCAGGCCACACCAAGUCACCAACACCGGCACCGGCCAUGCUAAAGCCUUAUUGUCUUUUUAUGCCGCCAAAGUCAUAACCACGUCAUCCAGCAUAGGACACGUCAAUUCAAGCAGUUUGAGGCAGCCCCGGAAAAUUUGAGAACGAUGUGCAGGACAAAAGCCACGUCACAUAAAGUACUCUACUAUAUUUUUUUAUAAAAAAGUGCUCAUGUAUUUGAGAGCAUCUUCCAUUGCCAGCUCCUUCGAUCGUGGGUGCAAGGGACAUUUUUGUAUCCAGUGAGUCACCAGGACCCACCUGGAAUACGGCCUCCUUUGGAAGCUUUCGCAGGGUGUCAGUUUGCUCCGUGGAGCAAUCAGCCAAUCACCAAUGCCGGUAUCGUGUACGAGUCUAACUCGUAGCUCACGCUAGCUUCCGAGCGAGUGAUCCAUCCAGCUCAAGCACCAUGGAUAGGCUGGCAGCAUGAUGAUGAUGGUAUUGCUAAUCUUUUUUUAUAUAUAUACUCAGCGAUGCUAAUCUUUGGCCCCUCCAGUGCAGUGAAAAGAAGCCGGCAUGCUACUACCAGUUAAUAGUUCAUUGACGUGUAAACUUGUCCUGCGUUCUCGUCUAGAUCCACGAGACCUCAAAUUGCAUAUAUUACAGCUUUUAAACUUUACCCGCCAAAAAGCAGCUCUUAAACUUGCUACAUAUUUUGCUAUGUUUUCUUUUUUUUAAAAAAAAUAGAACCUGUGUUUGUUCCUUGACUGCCUUGUUGGUUUAGAGAAGGUUACAGUACUAUCUUACCCCUUUUGGUCGUCUUCCUUUCUUUUCUUUGAGUGCAUUGUGUGACUUGGGGCUUGUGAUGAUCACCACAGAAAAGGCCUAAGCUGGUUUGUAGCAGUAAGCAGUGCUUGAAGACGAUACUGUAUUUUUCCCCCGCUUGCCAGAUCAGACAUGCUAGCUGAUCCCGGCUGCAGAUCAGGCAUGCAUGCUAACAACUGGGUCCCCCAAACAGGCAUCUAGGUUCUAGGGAGGAGAAAGGGGGCAAAGAGGGAAGCUUUCUGAUGAAAUCUUGUGCACUUGCAGGCAAGUGGUCAAGUUGGCCGAGGGAACAGCCACCUUUUACCAGGAUGAUGAAAUGGAAAUCACAAAGCAAAUGAAAGAGGCUGGUUUCCAGAGUGGAUCUAGUGGGCCAACACUCUCCAGUGUGGGUCCCUGAAAAUGGCAUGGCGGCUUGAGCUUACUACCUGCUUAACAACAUAGCACAUGCAAAUGCAAGGAUAUUCAGAGGACACACUGGACUGAACAUAGUCUUUCUACUUGACUGCAUUUGCAGAGGAAUAAACAAAAGCAGUUGGAAUGCGCUGUUUGCUCUACUUGUUUGUUUAUUUUCCAUUUUCAUAGUCCUGGAGUACUCUCUUUUCUGACAGAAUGAUUGAUAGAUCAUAUGUUGGAUUAGCAGGCACAGACAGAUCAGGCAGAAACGAUCUUCUUCUCCUUCUGAAAGAACGGUGGUGGCCUCUCGUGGUUGAGCUGUCCCUGCGCAUGGCGAUAACGUCAUCUGGGCCCCACCACGCCAAUUAGGUACACAAGAUCUUCCCUAAUUUUCCUCUGUCUCACCGUCUGACACCAAAUUAGGUGCCCGAGAUUAAGAGAUGGCAGCUAUAUUAUAAUGCCGGUCGCCAAAACCAAAAGGUAGGUUGCCAUGGUGACCCUGUGCCAUAUGCUGGGCAGCAGAAUCGAGCUGGCUCCCAUGUCACUAGCUCCCAACAACAGCAGCAGAAGCAGCAACAAAGGAAGGGGUAUUGUUGCUUUGGCUUGAAAUGUCAGGAAGGAAUCAGAUCUUAAGCAGCACUCACCAUCAUGGUUGACAGGCUGAGUGAGAUCAAAUGCUAGAGCUAGAUGGCAACAGGUUCAGCAACUUCAGUGCACUUGUUAGUGAAGUGAUCAUGAGUUAAGUGUGCAGGUCUGCUAAUUAAGCUAAGCUAGGGGCUUACUAACAACCUUUGAUGGCAGCUAGCCUCUCCUUCUGUGAUGGACUAAUAGACAUGGACAGGACGGUGGUCAUCAUACAUCACGCAUUCAUGCAUCUAGGCCGGUCAGCAACCACAGUCACAUCUCUUCUCAUGUUGAAGCUGGUACAGUGUACAGUAUGUGACUAUGUGAGUGCUACUGAUCUGACUGUGCCGAACAGCCAAAGCAAGAAGGAAAGUUAGUGUUGUCAGCUAGUGAGAUUUACAUUGGGCCGUGUUAUUAGCAACAUGUCCCCGGUUUCCUCCAUGGGCCUGGCACUGGCAGCCCAUGGAUAAUGGGCCAUUUGUCACUAAUGGCUGAGAAAGGGCUAUUGAUGAUUGAUUGCCUCUUUGCCACUGUGCCCCAGUCUCUCUCUUCCUUCCUUGGCUUCAUCAUGCAUGCCUACAUUAUAUAUAGAAGACUAGAGUAACCCCUUAAGCUUUGACAAAAGAAGCAAGCAGAGAAAGCCUAAAGCCUCACUUAUUUAGCAUCCAGCAGUACCUUCUUUCUUCAGUGCUCAAAGCUCUCCCACUCUACUCUCCAUUGUAUUGCAUUUCUUCCCUUGGUUGCAUUCUUCUCAGCUAGCUGGCUGCUCAGAACACAACUACACAAAGGCUACCCUUCUCAUUCAUCAGCUGCAUAGUACUAGCAGUAUACACAUGGGGUUCCAAGAGGUGAAGAAGCUGCUGCAUAAUCAGCAUCGCCGCCAUGGCACGCGUGUGGAAGUGGCGGAAGACCGCAGCCAGGACGGCACCAAGGUCUGGGUCCUGGGUCUGUCCGGGAUCGGCGGGAUCGCCCUGCCGCUGCAGCAGCUCAAGCCCGUCAAGACCGGCCGCCGGCGGCACGACGCCAGCGAGGAGGAGCGCGACGCCGGCGGGGAAGACGAAGAGGGAGAGGAAGAGCCCGUGACUCCGAGGGGGGAAGGGUGGAGGAUACCGGCGGAGGCGACGACGUGCCCGCCGGCGCCCAAGAAGCCCAGGACGGCGGUGUCGAUCAUCAGGAGCGGCGCCGGCCGCCGGUGCAACUGCGACGACGGGGAGGUGCUCGACGAGUUCUUCCGCGUGCCCGCGGAUUUGGAGGCCGUCUUUGUCAGCCGAGCUGCCAAGGCGAAUUAGCAACCUGCGCCGGCCUCGCGCGCGCGUCAGUGUAAUGCUUGAGUUCAAGCAGUGAUCGAGGGCUCCAGCAAGAGUGAUGCAACGCAUCUGCUGGUGACUUAUUGGUGCAUGGGUGCCUGAGUGAGAGUGAUAGAGUGAGUGCAGCUGUACAAAGUCUCUUGUGGCACAUGUUAAUGUGAGUCUUCAUUUUGUGAAAUUUUGUUGCAUGGAAUGGCAUUCCUUCUGAAAUUUGCUA